CUAUAGAGUGGCGUGGUGCCUUCUCCACCAACUAGUCUUCAUUUCUUCUCACACUUUCCACCAUCAUCAAUUUCCAUCACUCUUUUCUAUUUCAUUCUUUCCCUUCAAAAAUUCAUCUUUCAUAUGGCUCUAUAUGGCUCUAUAUCAUCACCAAAUUUAAAUUGGCAAAUUGGGCCAAAAACCAUAUCAAAAUCAACCUCUUCUUCUAUGAACUCAUAUACAACAAUUUCAUUAUCAUUUUCUAGUAGCGUUUCAAUGGGUCUUAACUUGAGGUUCAAUCUUGCUUCCCCUUCAACUCGUGCUGCUAAGAUUAAUAGGUUAAGGAACCAUGGUUCUCCUUUGAAGGUUGUUUGCAUUGAUUAUCCACGUCCUGAGCUUGAUGAUACUGUUAAUUUCAUUGAAGCUUCUUACUUGUCUUCUACCUUUCGUGCUUCUCCUCGUCCUACUAAACCUUUGAAGGUUGUUAUUGCUGGUGCAGGACUGGCUGGUUUGUCAACUGCAAAAUAUUUGGCAGAUGCUGGUCACAAGCCUAUAUUGCUGGAGGCAAGAGACGUUCUAGGUGGAAAGGUUGCGGCAUGGAAAGAUGAAGAUGGAGAUUGGUAUGAGACCGGCCUACAUAUAUUCUUUGGGGCUUACCCUAAUGUGCAGAACCUAUUUGGAGAACUCGGCAUUAAUGAUCGGUUACAAUGGAAGGAGCAUUCUAUGAUCUUUGCUAUGCCAAGCAAGCCUGGAGAGUUUAGUCGAUUUGAUUUUCCCGAAGUCCUUCCAUCUCCGUUAAACGGAAUAUGGGCAAUCUUGAGGAAUAAUGAGAUGCUGACCUGGCCAGAGAAAAUCAAAUUCGCAAUUGGACUUCUUCCAGCUAUGCUUGGUGGGCAGGCGUAUGUUGAGGCUCAAGAUGGUGUUUCUGUUAAAGAAUGGAUGAGAAAGCAGGGCAUUCCUGAACGGGUAACUGAUGAAGUGUUCAUAGCAAUGUCAAAGGCUCUAAACUUCAUCAAUCCUGAUGAACUUUCAAUGCAAUGUAUUUUGAUUGCUUUAAACCGAUUUCUUCAGGAGAAGCAUGGUUCUAAGAUGGCCUUUUUGGAUGGAAAUCCCCCCGAAAGACUUUGUAUGCCAAUUGUCGAUCAUAUUCAGUCCUUGGGCGGUGAAGUCCAUCUUAAUUCACGCAUUAAAAAUAUUGAGCUAAACGAUGAUAACACAGUGAAGAGCUUUUUACUAACUAAUGGGAAGGUGAUUGAAGGGGAUGCUUAUGUGUCUGCAGCACCAGUGGAUAUUCUGAAGCUUCUUCUUCCUGAGAACUGGAAAGGGGUUCCUUAUUUCCAGAGAUUGGAUAAAUUAGUUGGAGUUCCAGUCAUAAAUGUUCACAUAUGGUUUGACAGAAAACUGAAGAACACGUAUGAUCACCUUCUCUUUAGCAGAAGUCCCCUUCUGAGUGUAUAUGCCGACAUGUCAGUAACUUGUAAGGAAUACUAUAACCCAAACCAGUCUAUGUUGGAGCUGGUUUUUGCACCAGCCGAAGAAUGGAUUUCACGUAGUGACGAAGAUAUUAUCGGUGCCACAAUGUCUGAACUUGCCAAACUCUUCCCUGAUGAAAUUUCUGCAGACCAAAGCAAAGCAAAAAUCAUCAAGUACCACGUUGUUAAAACACCAAGGUCGGUUUACAAAACUGUUCCAAAUUGUGAACCAUGUCGUCCCUUACAAAGAUCUCCUAUAGAAGGUUUCUAUUUAGCUGGAGAUUACACAAAACAAAAAUAUUUAGCUUCCAUGGAAGGUGCUGUUCUUUCCGGGAAGCUUUGUGCACAGGCUAUUGUACAGGAUUCGGAGCUACUUGCUGCUCGGGGCCAGAAAAGAAUAGCUCAAGUAAGCAUUGUUUAACAAAAACAAGAUUUGAAGAAAAAUACUGCUUAAGAGUAUUGGAGCAUCAUAUCAACUUUGAGGACUUGGGGGAUUGUGAACGAGCUUGUUCGCCAUUUGAGUCACUGUAUCGAUCCAUACGAAGACAGGUUCCCGACAAAUAUUUAGGGAAAAGCCAAUAUCAGCAUAUAGAAGUUCAUGAUUAUUUUUAAUGUGGCCAAUACAAGAAAUGCGAGCCCUUUGUUUUCUUUGUCCUCGUAGUCAUUUAUAGCCAUGCUUGGAAUAUCAUGUCACUAUUUAUUUAUUAAUUAAUCUUGUAAUACACCCUUUUUCUUUUAAAUUUAUGCACUGUCUUAUAUAAAAAGCUUCAAGUA